AUGGUAGCCCCAACAUUCCUUUUGUUUAAUUGGUUCUUACAAAUUAUUUUAAUCAAGAGUUUUAUAAUAUAAGGAACCUUCCUAGUUCUUACAUCAAAUUUAAGCCUUUUUGCACAUAAUGCAACUACCAUUUCACUACUUUUUGGUUCUUUAACCAAAUUAUGUUUUUGCAGCUCAACAAGAUAAAAGAGUGUGAUAUCUAGCUAGCUAGCUAUACUAAUGUAAGUUCAAUAUAUAGUUUUUUUAAUUCAUCAUCUAUAUAGUUUUUCUCUCAUUCUUUUCUUCCCUUGCAUCAUAAAAAAAAAAAAAAAAAAAAAAGAUGGAUUCUUUUAAACAAAUCUGGGGUGCAGCAGAAGGAUGUAGCAGUAGUGAAUCUGGUUGGACUAUGUAUAUUGAUUCUCCUAUGCAAGAAGAUGAUGCUAGAUGCAGCAAUGAAAAUGAUGGAUAUCAUCGUCAUGAAAUCUACGGUGAGAAAAACAGAAGAAAGAAGAAAGUUGAUGAAGAAGAAAGUGAUGAUUCGAUGGCUUCGGAUGCUUCGUCCGGUCCAAUGAAUUAUCAACAUCAAACAAAUUAUGGUCGCGGACAAGGAAAGUCGGGGUUGAAGAAAGAUAAACAAGAUCAUGGAAGCAAGAGUUGUUCUAAGAAGAAUGGAAACAAACAAGAGAAGAAACGUGUUGAUAGUAGAAGUAAAAAAUGAUGAAAAAUGUUCAUUCAUUCUAUUGUAUAUGAUGCUUGGGAUUUUUGUAACCUUGCAUCUUCAAAAUUUGAAUUUGUUGAUUUGUACUCAUACCUCUCAACCCAAAAGAACUUUCUCCAAACAUUCUUUCAAAUAUUGGAAUCAUAAGUCUUAGAGAUUCAUCUUUCA